UCACGAAUGACACGUGUAUUCAAGAUGGCGGCCGCGGCGAUGGCGACGUGGUUGGCCCUUCUGUUGUUGUCCUUGUUGCCUGGAGGAGUCCAGGCCUUUUACGUGCCUGGAGUUGCUCCUAUGAACUUCCACCAGAACAGUGCUGUAGAGAUUAAGGCCGUGAAGCUGACCAGCUCCCGGACUCAGCUACCCUAUGAAUACUACUCCUUGCCCUUCUGUCAGCCUGAUAAAGUGGUCUACAAAGCAGAGAACCUGGGGGAGGUGUUACGCGGGGACCGUAUUGUCAACACCCUGUACUCGGUGCUCAUGACCCAGGACAGGAAGUGUGAGGUGGUUUGUGCCAAGCUGAAACUCAACGUGCAGCAGAGUAAGCUGGUGGCUGAGCGAAUUCAGGAGGAGUAUUAUGUUCACCUCAUUGCAGACAACCUCCCAGUGGCUACUCGGCUGGAGUUCAACCCCAACAUAGAGGCAGGGGCUGAGGACAAGGAGGUGGUGAAGGAUGUUCAGUUUGAACACGGCUACAGGUUGGGCUUCACUGACAACAGCAAGUUCUACCUCCACAACCACCUGUCCUUCAUCAUCUACUACCACAAGGAGAAGCUGGAGGAGGGGGAAGAGCACAACUACAGAGUUGUUCGUUUUGAGGUGGUUCCCCAGAGUGUCAAGGUGGAGGACCUAAAGGUGGCUGAUAAGGGAUCGUGUACCCUGCCUGAGGCCACUAACUCAGCUCCUCAGGAGAUUGAUCCCUCCAAGGACAAUGAGGUUCUCUUCACCUACUCUGUCCGCUGGGAGGAGAGCCAGGUGAAGUGGGCAUCUCGCUGGGACACCUACCUGACCAUGAGCGAUGUGCAGAUCCACUGGUUCUCCAUCGUCAACUCAGUGGUGGUGGUCUUCUUCCUCUCUGGGAUCCUCAGUAUGAUCAUCAUCAGGACCCUGAGGAAGGACAUCGCCAACUACAACAGAGAGGAUGACAUAGAGGACACCAUGGAGGAGUCGGGCUGGAAGAAUGUCCAUGGCGACGUGUUCAGACCUCCACAGUAUCCCAUGAUCCUCAGCUCUCUGCUGGGCUCGGGCAUACAGCUCUUCUGCAUGAUCCUCAUCGUUAUCUUCGUGGCCAUGUUGGGAAUGCUGUCGCCUUCCAGUAGAGGGGCCCUGAUGACCACUUCCUGCUUCCUGUUUAUGUUCAUGGGUGUGUUCGGUGGAUACUUCGCUGGCAGACUCUACCGCACGCUGAAAGGCCAUCGGUGGAAGAAGGGAGCGUUCUGUACGGCCACUCUGUACCCUGCCGUGGUCUUCUGCAUCUGCUUCGUUCUCAACUGUUUCAUCUGGGGAGAGCACUCGUCUGGAGCCGUCCCCUUCACCACCAUGCUGGCUCUACUCUGCAUGUGGUUCGGUAUCUCCAUGCCGCUGGUUUACUUGGGCUACUACUUUGGCUUCCGCAAGCAGCCGUACGAUAACCCCGUCCGCACCAAUCAGAUCCCUCGCCAGGUGCCUGAGCAGCGCUGGUACAUGAACAAGUUUGUGGGGUGAGUGUA